CCCUGUCCCUCACAGCCCCACCAGCAUGGGCAGUCUGACCUACAGAGACCACCAAGACGAUGACAAGAACACAGCAUUCACCUGGGAGGUCAGAGCCAACAACCGUGCCUUCCAGAGGCAGGCCAAGGAAGGGGGCUUCUUCUGCUGGCAAAACAGGAAAUACAAGACCAACCUUAUCCACACGGCCAAGUACAACGUCUUGUCCUUCCUGCCACUGAACUUGUACGAGCAGUUCCACCGCAUGUCCAACGUCUAUUUUCUCCUCAUUAUCAUCCUGCAGACUAUUCCAGAAAUUUCCACGCUGCCCUGGUUCACGCUCUUCGCCCCGCUGGUCUGCCUGCUCUUAAUCCGCGCCACUCGCGACUUGGUGGACGACAUUGGGCGGCACCGCAGUGACAGAACUGUCAACAACCGGCCCUGCCAGAUCCUGCUGGGGAAGGGCUUCCUGUGGAAGAAGUGGAAGAACCUGUGUGUGGGGGACGUGGUGUGUCUCAGCCAGGACAGCAUUGUCCCGGCGGACUUGCUCCUACUGGCCAGCACCGAGCCCAGCAGCCUUUGCUACGUGGAGACGGCCGACAUCGACGGAGAGACCAACCUGAAGUUCAGGCAGGCCCCAAGCGUCACCCACCACGAGCUGACCAGCGUGAAGAAGAUGUCGUCCUUCCAAGGCACGGUCAUGUGCGAGGCACCCAACAGUCGGAUGCACCACUUUGUGGGGCGCCUGGAAUGGAACGGCAGGAAGUACCCGCUGGACAUUGGCAACCUCCUCCUCCGCGGCUGCAAGAUUCGCAAUACCGACACCUGCUACGGCCUAGUCAUCUACGCGGGCUUCGACACGAAGAUCAUGAAGAACUGUGGGAAAAUCCACCUGAAGAGGACCAAGCUGGACCUCCUGAUGAACAAGCUAGUCAUCCUGAUCUUCCUGUCCCUGGUGGUCAUUUCCCUGGGCCUGAUGGUGGGCUUUGCCGUGACAUUCAGCGAGUUCAGAGAGAAGCACUACUACCUUCCAGCCGCCAGGCAAUCGCGGGGCUUGGUCACAGAGUCUUUCUUCAUCUUCUGGGGCUUCGUCAUCCUACUCAGUGUUAUGGUGCCCAUGGCCAUGUUCAUAAUAGCUGAGUUCAUCUACCUGGGGAACAGCGUGUUCAUCAACUGGGACCAGCAGAUGUACUACGAGGAGCAGGACAUCCCCGCCAAGGCGCGCAGCACCAGCCUCAACGACCACCUGGGCCAGGUGGAGUACAUCUUCUCGGACAAGACGGGCACGCUCACGCAGAAUAUCAUGACGUUCAACAAGUGCUGCAUCGCGGGCCGCAUCUACGGUGCCCACCCCGGGGUCCUGGGGGCUGAGAACCCGUACCAGUGGAACCAGUUCGCCUACGGCAAGUUCCCCUUCUACAACAAGGAGCUAUUGGGCCUGGUGCGCACCAACAAGAACCAGACAGUGCGCGAGUUCUGGCGCCUGCUGGCACUCUGUCACACCGUGAUGGUGCACGAGAAAGGCAGUCAGCUGUUGUACCAGGCGGCAUCCCCGGACGAGGAGGCACUGGUCACAGCCGCCCGGAACUUUGGCUACGUGUUCCUGUCGCGGACGCAGGACACCAUCACGCUGGUGGAGCUGGGCGUGGAGCGGGUCUACCAGGUCCUGGCCAUGAUGGAUUUCAACAGUGUGCGCAAGCGCAUGUCGGUGCUGGUCAGGACCCCAGAAGGUUCCAUCUGCCUCUACACCAAGGGCGCCGACACCGUCAUCUUGGAGCGCUUGCGCAAGAGGGGUCCAGUGGAGGCCACCACAGAGGAGGCCUUGUUUACCUUCGCCCAGCAGACCCUGCGCACGCUGUGCCUGGCCUCCAAGGAGGUGUCCGAGGACGAGUUGGCUGAAUGGCAGCGGAGACACCAGGAGGCAUCCCUGCUGCUGCAGAACCGGGCACAGGCCCUGCACCAGGUGUACAAUGAGAUGGAGCAGAACCUGGAGCUGCUGGGGGUCACGGCCAUCGAGGACAAACUCCAGGACGGCGUCCCUGACACCAUCAAGUGCCUCCGGAAAGGCAACAUCAGGGUGUGGGUGCUCACCGGGGACAAGCAAGAGACAGCAGUGAACAUCGGCUUUGCCUGCCAGCUGCUGUCCGAGAACAUGCUCAUCCUAGAGGAGAAGGACAUCAACAGCAUCCUGGAAACCUACUGGGAAAACAACAACCUACACCCGAGGAAAAAGGGGUUGUUACGGUCGCUGCCCCAGGCCAGGAUGGCCAUGGUGGUUAACGGGGAGUUCCUGGACCAGCUGCUGCUGUCGCUGCGGAAGGAGCCCCGGGCGCUGGUGCAGAACGUGGUGGUGGACGAGGCGUGGCAGGAGCCCGGCCUGGGCAGGCGGGACUUCCUGAAUGCCCGACGGAUCUCCAUGCUGUGGCGGAACCUCGGGGGGCAGCUGAACAGCCCCGGGCAGCCCCGCGAGGAGGACGAACAGACGCAGGAGUGUCCGGAGGUGCUGCGGGAGCGGGCCUUCGUGGAGCUGGCAUCGCGCUGCCAGGCUGUCAUCUGUUGCCGGGUCACCCCCAAACAGAAGGCCCUGAUUGUGGCUCUGGUUAAGAAGUACCAGCAGGUGGUGACCCUGGCCAUCGGUGACGGCGCCAAUGACGUGAACAUGAUCAAGACUGCAGACAUCGGCGUGGGGUUGGCCGGCCAGGAGGGGAUGCAGGCCGUGCAGAACAGCGACUACGUGCUGGCCCAGUUCUGCUUCCUGCGGCGGCUGCUGCUGGUGCACGGCCGCUGGUCCUACAUGCGCAUCUGCAAAUUCCUCCGCUACUUUAUCUACAAGACGCUGGCCAGCAUGAUGGUUCAGAUCUGGUUCGCCUUCUACAGUGGCUUCACUGCACAGCCCCUGUACGAAGGCUGGUUCCUGGCCCUCUUCAAUCUGCUCUACAGCACCCUGCCCAUCCUGUACAUUGGGCUCUUCGAGCAGGACGUGAGCGCCGAACGGAGCCUGCAGAUGCCGGAGCUAUACGUGGCAGGCCAGAGGGACCAACUCUUCAACUACGGCGUCUUCCUGCAAGCCGUGGCCCAUGGCACAGCCACCUCCCUGGUCAACUUCUUUGUGACACUGCUGGUCAGCCAGAACUUGGCCGGGCCCUCGGGCCUCGGGGACCAGCAGUCCUUCGCGGUCCUCGUGGCCCUGUCGGGGCUGCUCUCCAUCACCGUGGAGGUGGUGUUGAUCACCAAGUACUGGACGGUGCUGAGCCUGCUGACAGUGGUGCUGAGCCUCAGUGCCUACGGCCUGCUGACCUACGCCACCCAGAGCUACCUGCUCUUCCGUAUCUCGCCGGUCACCUUCCCGUUCCUGUAUGCCGACUGGAACGUGCUGUCACGUCCCUCGGCCCUGCUGGUGGUGCUGCUGAACGUGAGCAUCAACACGCUGCUGCCCGUGGCUGUGCGCAUCAUCGUCCAGGAGCUCAGCAAAGCGCGCAAGAAGGAGGAGGUGGCCCUGGGCGAGGACAUCCUGGCCGUGGAACCCAUGCCGCAGCUCCGCCGGGAGUCUAGCAGGAGGCGCUCCAGCUAUGCCUUCUCGCACCGCGAGGGGUAUGCCAGCCUCAUCACUCAAGGAACCAGCCUGCGCCGUGCGCCGGGUGCCAACCCCGAGGUGACCUACGAGUCUGUGGGCGAACCCCAGGACGAGGCACCGCCCGAAGCUCCCCGGACCCCCAAGAGGAUGUCCCUCGGGGACAGGAGGCCGUCGGUGGAGGCGGCCAUCCCGUCCCCGGACUUGACGCUGUCCUUGGACGAAGCUCCGGGGCCACAGCAGGCCUGGGGCCCCAGGACGCGGGAGCCGCGGACCCUGUCGCCCCGCAGGCGCUCUCAGACGCCGCCCGUGCCCGAGGAGGCGCCUGUGUCCCUGCCGCAGGUCCUGGAGCUCGCCCCGGAGAGCGAGUCCCAGCUCCCGGAGGAGAAGGAGGAGGAGGAGGAGCGGGUCGAGAGAGAGCAGGGGUUGCUCGACUUGGGGUCCUCCCCGUGGAGGAUCCCCCUUCAGUUCUGGAGGAGCUGGCCGCACGCGUGGCCGCGAGACGCCCACCCGGACAGGGAGGACGCGCCGCCCGCCGCCUCCGCUGCCCGCGCCUCACUGCCCGCUGGCUUCGGCGAGGCCCCGACGGCCGAGCAGCCCAUGGAGGUGGAGCCGUGGCCCGUGGAGGUGGAACCGUCGCCCAUGGAGUGGCUGCCGGUGCCCCUACCGGCCGAGGAGCAGCCGCGCGACCCGAGGCCGUCGCCCAGCGACCGCGGAAAGGAGUCCUUCCCGUUCUCCAAUAAACCCGGCUUGGCCUGACA